UGCAGUUUGCCAUUAGCGAAAUAAACAAAUCAAAAAUCAUUAUAAGAAAAGUUUUCAGUCACAAUUCCGACUAAUUUUUACCACAUUUUAAACGUUAUUUAUUUAAAAAAUUUAUUACCGAUAUUACUAAUUAUUUUACAAGCAUGGCGGACAACAAACCAUUUUUGAUGGCCUGUGGUUUCGGGGUGAUAUCGUUCGUUCUCUGCCUAAUUGGGUUCGGAACAGGUUACUGGUUCGUUAGUGCAGAUGACACGAACCUCUUUGAAAGUAUUGGUUUGUGGCAGGUUUGCUUCAACGGCUACGAACAUACGUCUGAUCUGGUUGGGAAGGCCUACUACGGAUGUUGGUGGAUCUUCUACAAAGAAUACUAUUACAUACGGAAUUGGUUAAUGCCUCCUUGGUUCAAAGCGGUUCAGACGCUGAUGACGUUGGCAGUUGUGUUGCAGUUCAUCUUCCUGCCACUCCUGUUCAUAGCGACCGCCGAUGCCAAAACAAAAAUGUUGAAGAUUCUAUGCACCAUCAAUGCUUUCAUAGCCUCUCUCAUAACGACAUCAGUGGUGAUAUUCGGCGUGAUGGUGGGGUUGGAUCGAACCUGGGUGCCGAGGUGGGACCAGGACGAACUCGGCUGGUCCUACGGUCUGGCGGUCCUCAGUGGCUUCUUCUCGUGGUUCAGUCUCAUCUGCUUGUGUGUUUAUACGACGAUGAGGAGUUACGAGCUGGAGAAUAAAGAGAAGAAGCCAUUUGUUCAAAGUGCACCGUCCGGGAAACGCACGCCUCAAGUUUAAGGAUGGCUGGCUGGCUGGAUAGUCCUUUUAAUAUUGCUUUUAUUCGAUUUUUUUUAUUUUUUCCAUAAUUUUUUGCAUAACUUAAUAAUUAAUGAUGUUACACGGUGUAAAUAAAUAAAACUACAAAAACGAGUGAUUUACAAAAC